UGACAAGCGUGGGAUGCGCUACACAGUCCCACUAUAUUGCAAGCAUUCCCGUUAGUAGUGCAUCAUCGGUUACACCUGCCUACUCCGUUGUUGUGGCUGGCGCUUUGGGAGCGGUCUUUAUUUCGCAGGGAGCUUUUAGAGAAGAGAAAGCUUGUUGUUCAUCAGACAUCCCGUCAAAAGAGGCGAAAAGAACAAAUUCAGCACCACAGGAUUGAGGAGAGCGUCCGGAUUUGAGGCAAUUUUCCACCGGAGAGGAGGAUUUUAUUUUGGGAAUACACUACCACGCAAGGCGAUUUACACACUUUGUGGACCUGCACGUGCCAUCUCUAAAGGUUGAAGAGACCAUGACGACUGCCACCUCCCCAAUCUUGUUGAAAUGGGACCCAAAGAGUCUUGAAAUCCGCACGCUGACUGUGGAGAGACUUCUGGAGCCCCUCGUUACACAGGUGACUACUUUGGUAAACACAAGCAACAAAGGACCAUCCAGUAAGAAAAAGGGACGCUCCAAGAAGGCUCAUGUCUUGGCAGUCUCAGUUGAACAGGCUACUCAAAACUUCUUGGAGAAGGGAGAGCAGAUUGCUAAAGACAGCCAAGAUCUCAAAGAGGAGCUCAUUGCUGCCGUUGAUGAUGUCCGUAAACAAGGAGAGACUAUGCGCAUUGCCUCCUCAGAGUUUGCUGAUGACCCCUGUUCCUCAGUGAAACGUGGCACCAUGGUGAGGGCUGCCCGGGCCCUGCUGUCUGCUGUCACACGCCUGCUCAUCCUUGCCGACAUGGCUGAUGUUAUGAGGCUGCUGGCCCACCUUAAAAUUGUGGAGGAGGCCCUGGAGGGAGUUAAGAAUGCAACCAAUGAACAGGACCUGGCAAACCGCUUCAAAGAAUUUGGGAAAGAGAUGGUGAAGCUUAAUUAUGUAGCAGCCCGGAGGCAGCAGGAGCUGAAGGACCCUCAGUGUCGAGAUGAAAUGGCAGCUGCUCGUGGAGCUCUGAAGAAGAACGCCACCAUGCUGUACACUGCCUCACAGGCCUUUCUGCGCCACCCAGACGUGGCGGCUACACGUGCCAACCGGGACUACGUGUUCAAGCAAGUGCAGGAGGCCAUCGGAGGCAUUUCCAGUGCCGCUCAGGCCACCUCCCCUUCCGACGAUAAGCACAGCCAUGCUUGCAUCGGGGAACUGGCUGCUGCCCUCAAUGAGUUUGAUAACAAAAUAAUCCUGGACCCUCUGACAUUCAGUGAGGCCCGUUUCCGGCCUUCUUUGGAGGAGCGCUUGGAGAGCAUUAUCAGUGGUGCCGCAUUAAUGGCAGACUCUUCGUGCACACGUGAUGACCGACGCGAACGCAUCGUGGCUGAGUGCAAUGCUGUUCGACAGGCCCUCCAAGACUUGCUGAGCGAAUACAUGAACAAUGUAAGUGCACCUUUUGUAUUCACUGGACUCAAUACACUCUAUAAACACCCAAGUAAGAAUCUUUACCAGAAAGCACUUCUUAAGUACUUAUUGCACCCAGGAUACAUUUAGGCACAGUGCUUUGGUAAACAGUAAACAUAGUUUCCUCAGUUGACACUUGGAGAAUGGAGCAGUCCCAUUUAUGCAGCCAAUCUCAUUUGCGGCUUGAGAUGCCAAUCUGCCCUCUCAGACAGGGAGGAAAGAGGUAGCAGAGAGUGGGGAGAAAAGCAUUUAUUCACCCUGACACUGAUCAGAUAAACGCAAAAUGAUAAAUGCUGUCUCUUCUUAUUUCCUUUAACCUGUGUUAACAUUUUGCUCAAAACGGAGGGCCUACAGUUUUGCUCUGCUGCUUUUGAAAUAUGUAAUCAAAGCAUCUCUACGAUUCAGUUUGUAUGAGGCGAUGUGGUUACGAAUAGGGCUGCAUGAUGCAGUUGUCAUGGUGAUUCAUUUCACAAAAUUGUGAACAAGAAGGGCUGAUAACUGCCUUUUUUUAUUAUUCUGUGUUAGUUUAAGUGUAAAAUUACUUAUUCAUAAGUUGAAUUUGGAAUAUUCAUUUGAAAAUGACACAUUUAUAGCUUUUAAAAAGACUGUGCUUUUACCCAAAAUGGCAAUUACCCUGUCAUGUAAAUUAUAGCUGACUGCAAUGAAAAUCAUAAUUAAAAAAAAAUGUUCAUUUGGGGAUUUUACAAUUGUAUCAACAAUGGCCGCAAAAUACAUAUCAUUCAAAUGUUAGAAAGGAUGUCUAAUCACCAUCACCGAGCCUGAUGUGAUACACAAUAUGACAUUAAAGAUAAACAUUGAAAUACAUAUACAUACAAGUCUACUCCGAUUGCAAGCUGAUGUGAUUCCCUUCAAGUUCAAUCUGCCUCAGCGUAGUUUGCAAAUUGCAUCAAUCUUGGACAAAUUGCCUUCUUUCUUGACAAAUCCAAAAUUUAGCCUAACGCAUGGAAUUCUUCAGAACAUGUACCUCUGCCUUCACCAUGACACGUGCUUUGUUUAAACUCACAGUAGCAUAAGAUUUGUCAUUGAUGAGACAACAGCUAGAUGACUUGAAACCCAAUAGGCAAAAUCAUUUUCAUUCAAUCAAUUCUCAAUACGUAUUACAGCCAAAUGGUUUUCAUAUUAAUUACACACACACACAACAUUGUAAUAAUGACACUUGAAGCUAUCCUUAACUUUGAGUGUAUUUUUUUCCCCUUUCACUGGGACAGUUUAGACACAAUAUUCAUACUUUGACAACACUUGUAUUUAAUUAAUUUUUAUUGGUAAAUGACACAAGAAACUGUUUUUUAUUAUAUAUAUAUAAUUCAUUACCAUGCGCUGACCAGAAUUCUUUUAAGAUCAGAGUUAUGAAUAAUUACCAAAAAUGUGAAAAACAACGAAAGUUGAUGUUUUUUUUUUUCUUAUUUACUUCUCUUAAAAUAAAAAGUAGUUUUGACUUCAACUCAAAAUUUGGCCAUCAUAUAAAUAAUUGGUGGCUUAACGACAUACUGUAAAUGAAAAAAUAAAAUACUCAUUGCUUGAACGAGCUAAAUAUAAAUAAGAUUUUAUCAAAACAAGAUUAGAAGUAUUUUUUUAUGUUUGGAUACUAAUAAUUAAUUUUUAAAAAAUCAUCAGUUCAGUCCUGCGUAAAGCUUUUUUUUUUAUUUCAGCCACCAUAAUACUCUGAAUAUUAGGGACUGACCCACAUGUGCUAUUAGACUGGUUACAUGGAGUCCCAGAUGUAGACCCAGCUGUUGCCACGUAUUAUCUCACAGACUGACCCUGAUCAUUUAUUUUAAGAGUGAGGCAAAGCAUUAGGAAAAAUCGGCAUAGGCCUAGAAAAUUGAAAACAAAACACAUCAUGUAUAAUAAUGACCAAACAAUGAUAAUAAUACCGGUAAUAACGAUGACCAUUAAUUUGCAGUUCCUUUACCUUCAUCUGUGUCAGUGUAAUGAAUAUUCAGCUUCCAACCUUGCCCCCAUUCUCUUAGCACUUUCCCCCUCUGCAGCUGCAGCCACAGGUCUACCUGCUGUGCCAUAUGUACGUAAGAAUAAUGACUCCGCCGUCAUUAUUAUUUAUUCAGCGGUACCCAUACUGCAUGUAAAUGAGCCGCUUGCUAUAGGCCGCCCGCAGAAUUAGCCCCUGUAAUGAAUGUAAUUAAAGUGCCCUAUUGGACCUGUGUCUGUUUUAAUAAAGUUAAUAUUCUGACAGUUUGCUCAUUUUAUAGGAGGUGGGAGGGCUUGUUGUGCGAGAAGUAUUAUAUAUUCAGAUUUAGUUAUUAUUAAAAAUAAUACGUUCCCUGCAAUGCUUGAAGUGUAGUUUACAUAUUUUAUCAUAUUUUGCUUAUUUCUUUUAAUGUAUUCACAGCAUCCAUGAGCAGGGUUUGUAAACAAAUGUCUCGACUUUUUAUGUAGUAAUAUCCUACUGAAAAGAAGGUGACAUUUAGACGGGAGUGAACAAUGAGAGAACUGGUCCGAGAACGGUUUAAGGCUCAAAGACAGUACUGUUCAUUCUUAGUGUGGUGAUCCUGAUUAUAACCCACCUGUUAUAAAAGAAGCAGUGCAACGGCACCCACGCAUUGCCAUUUGUCAUCACCAUCUCCUUGCAGCCCACUGCAGUACAUGCCACCCGUGAUUUA